AUGGUGUUUUCAUUGCGUCCCACCAUCCGCCGGUUUGCCAUUGUAGCCGUUGGUGCACAGCUGGCCCUGACGGCAGCCUGUGGUUUAUAUGCUUGCGCUGAUCAUGCUGCCGAGCGACACAGCGGUCCUGGCUCUGCGAUGAUCCUUUACGUCCGCCAGCCUCGAGCAGUCUAUGCCAUUUUUCCACUGUGCCGUGUGUCACCCGCUGAGGAGAGAGCAGCCCUUGUACUGCUUUUGGCUUCUCCGUUGCCCCAUCCCAGUGGAUUUCUGCGGCUCUUUGUCACUCUCUCCUCCCCUUUCCGAAAGAGCCUCCACCCCUGUGUCUCCAGCCCAAGCCAGUAUCAGCCACUGGUGCUGCUGCUGGGCCUCUCCAUGCUCUCCUGUGCCAGCCUCCUCAUACUCUUCUUUUCCCUAGGACUGAGCGCUGAGGAACACUGUGCCUUUGUGAGCGUGGUGAGCUCCAGCUUGUUGGUAUUUCUGGCCGUCUUUGUGUUUGUAUGCACCGACUUGCUGUCACAGAGAUGGAGGCGCUUUCUGGGACUACUCAUCUGGACCACACACCUAUCCAUGGGCUUUACCUUCAUCUUCAGUGGCCCCAUCCUCCUGCCUUGGGAUCAGGUGCCUUUCUUCCUCUUCAUCAUCUUCACCGUGUACACAAUGCUGCCCUUCCAGCUGUGGCACGCGGUGCUCCUCAGCAUAGCCUCCUCAGUGUCCCACAUUGUGGCUGUUACACUGCGACUCACAGUGUACAGCGAGCAGCUCUCACCUCACCUUCCAAACCAGCUUGGGGCAAAUGCAGUGGUGUUUCUUUGUGGCUGUAUUGUUGGAGCGUUUCAUAAAGUCUUGAUGGAGAAAACGCUACGGCAAACAUUCAAAGACACGCUGAGGAGCCUGAGCAUGCGCAUGAAGCUGGAAAUAGAGAAGCGACAACAGGAAAACCUCCUGCAGUCUGUUCUCCCUGUGUACAUCUCCAUGAAGAUGAAGCUAGCAAUUAUGGAGCGCUUACAAGACUGUAAAGAUAAGGAGGAGAGACAGCGGCUAGUCAAAGAUAACAACUUCCAUAGCCUCUACGUGAAGCGCCACGAGAACGUGAGCAUUCUUUACGCAGACAUAGUUGGCUUCACCCAACUCGCCAGCGACUGCUCUCCAAAGGAACUGGUUAUUAUGCUUAAUGAGCUGUUUGGAAAGUUUGACCAAAUCGCCAAGGAAAAUGAGUGCAUGCGGAUCAAGAUCCUUGGAGACUGUUAUUACUGCGUGUCUGGACUGCCAGUGUCUCUGCCGAAGCAUGCCAAGAACUGUGUCAAAAUGGGCCUUGACAUGUGUGAAGCCAUCAAACAGGUGCGGGAAGCUACUGUGGUGGAAAUCAACAUGAGAGUGGGAGUUCACUCAGGAAAUGUGCUCUGUGGUGUUAUUGGCCUUCGCAAAUGGCAGUUUGAUGUGUGGUCUCAUGAUGUCACUCUGGCCAAUCACAUGGAGUCUGGAGGUGUACCUGGACGUGUCCACAUAACAGAGGCCACUUUGAAGCACCUUAACAAGGCUUAUGAGGUAGAGGAAGGCAACGGUCAUCUGAGAGACCCUUAUCUCAAGGAACUCAACGUCAAAACUUACCUGGUCAUUGAUCCACGAUCUAAGGACCCACUGCUGAACACGCGCAGUGCACCUAAACCUCGAGUGAAUGACGGUAUAAAAAUGAGAGCAUCAGUGCGUAUGACCCGUUAUCUCGAGUCAUGGGGAGCCGUGAAACCAUUUGCCCACCUUCAGAACCGAGAAGGAUUCAUCGCUGACAACAUUGUGAACGGAAAAGCUCGCAAGGACAUCCCGCUUCGAUCAGCUGUGAGCUCUGCUUUUACUGAAAGUUUUGAUGAGUGUCUUGAAGAGCCGUUCACAUUGUCUCCUCCUCCAUUCAGCAGCUAUAAGAACAAAUCCCAAAAAAGUAAAUUCGAUGAGGAACUUCACAAUGAAAUGACAACCACGAUAGAUGAGCUAAGCAGCAAGCAGUGGUCCAAGUCUGAAGAUACCGGUAGUUUAGCACUUUGGUUUCCAAAAAAAGACCUGGAGAAGCAGUAUCGAGCUCUAGAUUUGCCGAUGUUUAAGCACUAUGUUGGAUGUGCUACUUUCAUCUUUGUAUGUAUCUUCUUGGUUCAGAUAUUUGUAACAGAAAAUCAACAGAAGCUGGGGAUCACAUUUGGAGUCCUGAUUUGUGUCCUGCUGCUCGCCCUGGCCAUUUGUUUCGCAGGAAACAUUCAGCACCUGUUCCCAGAGAAGUUGACACACUGUCAGUGGCUUCCAGCUGUGUCAGAGGCUGUGGUCAAACAGCCGUGUGUGCGCCUCCCUUUGGCCACAACUACUACUGCGGUCAUCAUUAUAAUGGCUGUGUUCAACCUGUGCUUUGGCCAGACAUGUGUGACCGACAUUCAGGAUUUAGAAGAAGACCUUUACUACCUCCCUUACUCCGUGCUCUGCUGUAUACUGUCUUUGAUUGCAUGUGGAGUAUUUCUGAGAGUGAGCUUUGAGCUCAAAGUGCUUUUCCUGACCUCGGCUUCUGUGAUUUACUAUGUCCUCAUUCUCACGUACAACCAUGAGCUCUUUGAGUUUUAUGCAAAUGUCUCGUUUGCUCAAGUUCCAGGAAGCUGGAAUUGCAGCGGCCAAGAAGCAGAGUCUAUUCUGAGAUGUUUAGGCCUCGUGAAGCACCCACAGGUCAUGAGUUGCAUCUACAUCACUUUAUUCCUGGUGACGAUGCUCAUCAUUUCACAACAGAAUGAGGCAUGCUUUCGUCAGGACUUCUUACUGAAGUAUAAGAACCGCACAGAGCAGGACGAGAUCGGGACUAGAGAAAACCUCAACCGUUUGCUCCUGGAGAACGUGCUGCCUGCACAUGUGGCUUCACUCUUUGUUGGUGAAAACAAAAAGAACGAGGACUUGUACUACAAGUCUUACGACUGUGUAUGUGUGAUGUUCGCCUCAGUGCCCGAUUUUAAGGAAUUCUACACAGAAUGUGACAUCAACAAAGAAGGACUGGAAUGUCUGAGGCUGCUCAAUGAAAUCAUUGCUGAUUUUGACGAGCUGCUGUCCAAACCAAAGUUCAGUGGCGUUGAAAAGAUCAAAACCAUUGGGAGCACAUACAUGGCAGCUGCAGGACUGAGUGGCUCACCGGGCCAGGAGAACAAUCAGGACCCAGACAGACAAAACGCUCAGAUAGGAAUCAUGGUGGAGUUUGCCAUUGCUCUAAUUGGCAAAUUGGACGGCAUAAAUAGACAUUCCUUCAACAACUUCAGAUUGCGUGUGGGCAUUAAUCAUGGUCCAGUCAUAGCUGGAGUGAUUGGAGCAAGGAAACCUCAGUAUGACAUUUGGGGCAACACCGUUAAUGUGGCCAGUAGAAUGGAGAGCACUGGGGAACUUGGGAAAAUACAGGUUACAGAAGAAACCACAACUGUGCUCCACAACUUGGGCUACUCAUGUGAAUGUCGAGGGUUCAUCAAUGUGAAAGGAAAGGGAGAAUUAAAGACAUUUUUUGUAUGUACGGACAUGAGUAAGCAGCAGGGCAUGGGUCUGAGCUGA